GGCGCGCGCCGUGAAGGCGGCGCUGAGCAGACAGGAUUGUUUUUCUGCGUGGACACGCGGAUGUUCGGUCGGCCCGACAUCUUCGAGGGGAUCGAGGCAAAGUGGGCUGUCUGGAGUACGGUCAUGAGGGCAUGCGCGGGCUUGUUCAGCAGUGCGCUGGCUGGGUUGACACCGACGGCGGGGUCGCCGGGCGAAGCCGCGACGAAAGGCGGGCUCGGCGGAGAGGCUGCCGAAGCGAACGCAUCCCUCUACUAUUUGCGGGCGAUGCUGACGCGGAGCGAGCCGCUCAACAUUGCGGUGAACAGCGGAGAGGUACGACAGUGUUGCAGCGACCAGGUCGCGCCCCUCUCAAGAUGCUGCAAGGACUUGGCGAAGGCAAAGGCAAGACCGGCAAGGGCGAGAGCGGCUGGCUGCAACUGUGGUGGCAAAGGACACGCGAAGGCGCAGUGCCCGACCAAGAAGAUCAACGCGCUCGACGAGGACGGCGUUUGGCAGGACGACUGGGGCCAGGACGAAGGAGAGCGCGACCGCGCCAUGCCCGAGCAGGAGAAGACGUUGGAGGGCUCCUGCAUCUGCGGGCUGAGCCACGGUACCGACAUUUGCGAGACGAAGAGCAG